CUAAUGUGACCAUAUCCUUGCCUGUCCGGGGCUGUGUCCAGGACGAGUUCUGCACCCGGGAUGGGGUGACAGGCCCAGGGUUCAUACUCAGCGGCUCCUGCUGCCAGGGAUCCCGCUGUAACUCCGACCUCCGCAACAAGACUUACUUCUCCCCCCGAAUCCCACCCCUUGUCCUGCUGCCUCCUCCUAAGUCCACAACUGUGACCUCAACCACUUCUGCCACCACUUCCACCCCGGCCCCAACUACCCCCACCUCCACCCCCAAACCCACAGCAGCCGCCACCAGCCAGACUCCACCACAGGAAGUAGAACCGGAGGUCUCCAGGGAGCUUGAUUCCCACUCGGCUGGAGGCGCCGUUGGCCACCAGGAUCGCAGUAAUUUCGAGCUGAAUCCCCCAAAAGGUGGGACCCCGCAGACCUCAAAUAAAGGCUCUGUAGCUCCUGCGGCCGGGCUGGCGGUUCUCCUGCUGGCUGUGGCUACUGGUGCCCUUCUAUGA